CUACAACUGACUUUAGCUUUCCGAAAAGAUUCUAAACUUCUGGGAUAGACAACACAAAACGUGUGAACUCUAAGCCAAACUCGGAGAAAUUUCCGAACCAAAGCCUCUGUUUUUCAGUUUUGUUGUCAAACCAAAGUCAUCAAAACCCACAAAACCUUAAAGUUCUUAGAACCCGGAGGAAAAGGAGAAGAAAAACAGCCACCCAUGAACAAGAAACACGAAAUUCUUCUCACGAUCCUCUUAGCUCUCUUUGCUCUCAACUCCAUCUCUUUUUACCUGUACUUUUCCUCUUCCAACCACCAUCAUGAGGCGGAGAACCACCGUGACACGACGGCGGAGGAUUUUACCGGAAUGAUCCCACACCGUGGACCCCUUUUGUCGAAGCCCUGGCCGAUCAUCCCAUCAUAUCUUCCUUGGUCUUUGACCUCAAGCGUAGUUCCAAAGUCAUGUGAGGCUUAUUUUGGGAACGGGUUUAAAAGGGUGGCUGAUGUUUUGCCCGCAAAGGCUGCGGUGAGAUCCGGGUCGAGUUGGUUUCGAUGUCAUUACUCGGGGACUUUGAGGAGUUCGGUUUGUGAAGGUGGGAAGAUAAGGAUGGAUACUGAGAAGAUUAGGAUGUCAAGAGGUGGUGAGAAGUUGGAGGAUGUUAUUGGGAGAAGUGAAGAAGAAGAGAUGCCUGAGUUUGAAGAUGGAGCCUUUGAGGUUGAAGGUGAAGGAGGAGCGAAAUUGAAGAGAAAGAAGCUUGUGGGGGAGGAGUUUUUGAAUGAUUUUUUGCCUGCUGGGGACGUUUUGAGACAUACUAUGAGGGAGUUGGUUAGGUCUGUUGUUGUUGUGGGUGAAAAUGAUUUCACUUGUCAAGAGUGGGUAGAAGAGCCUACACUUCUGGUAACAAGAUUUGAGUAUGCGAACCUUUUCCACACUGUGACGGAUUGGUACAGUGCAUAUGUGUCUUCUAGGGUUACUGGCUUGCCUAACCGGCCGCAUUUGGUCUUUGUGGAUGGUCAUUGUGAGACACAAUUAGAAGAAACAUGGAAAGCAAUGUUUUCAAGCCUUAGAUAUGCUAAAAACUUUAGUGGUCCAGUCUGUUUCCGCCAUGCUAUUUUUGCGCCGUUAGGAUAUGAGACUCCAUUGUUUAAAGGGCUUACUGAAGAAAUAAAUUGUCAUGGGGCUUCAGCUCAUGAUUUAUGGCAAAGCCCCGAUGACCGAAAAACUGCUCGGUUAUCUGAAUUUGGAGAAAUGAUCAGAGCUGCUUUUGGGUUUCCAGUGAACAGACAUCAUGCUGAUAAGGCAGUCUCUGGUCAUAAUGUUCUCUUUGUCCGUCGAGAAGACUAUUUAGCCCAUCCACGCCAUAAAGGUAAAGUUGAAUCAAGACUUAGCAAUGAACAAGAAGUGUUUGAUGCAUUACAGAGGUGGGCAUCUAAUCAUUUGGAAUGCAAAAUAAACCUCAUCAAUGGAUUGUUUGCCCAUAUGUCCAUGAAGGACCAGGUCCGAGCCAUUCAGGAUGCUUCAGUUAUUAUUGGUGCUCAUGGUGCAGGUCUCACACACAUAGUAUCUGCAACACCAAACACGGUUAUUCUGGAGAUUAUCAGUAGCUAUUUUAGACGGCCACACUUUCAGUUGAUUGCACAAUGGAAAGGAUUGGAAUAUCAUGCCAUUAACCUUGAUGGAUCAUAUGCCAAUCCAGAAGUUGUCACUGAUAGGCUCAAAAAGAUAAUGAGUCGUCUUGGGUGCUAAAAUUUUUGGGUUCUGAGACAUCAUCUUAUCUGAGCUUGAAACUGACAGAUAAUCCUAGCUGUUCUCAUCAUCUGCCUGUUGGAGUUGGCCUUGCAAGAUUUUGCUCUUUUUUCCCAAUUUUUUAUGAAGCACUUACUGACGAAACAUAAGGAGAUUCUUUUCGCGUGUCCAUUCCUUCAAGAUAUUCAAUUGAUAGCUAACUCAAAGAAAGGAGCUACAUAUUUGGUAUGGUAGAUGAGGAAAUCAUUCUUAUUCGAUUGAUAUAGGCAUUAUUCAGCCGCACACUCUGAGAGAUGGAAGAUUUCAGUUGCAAUAUACGUUCUAGUGGAAAUACUGUUAGCAUACAGUUUGAGUUAAAUUUUUUCCUUUGAAACUAUUUUAAGACACAUGGUUGUGUUCUUGUACUAUUUUUCGGGUACAUCGUGCAAUGUACUCCAUGUCAGGUUCAUUGGAUUGAUCCAAAAAAAAGUGUAUUUCAUUAGUCUUUCUGAUGAAUUGACGAGGCAAAAUUUUCUAUAUAAAGUAAUAAGAGUGUGUUUUUUCCA